GGAGUGACAGCAAUGCUUCUGGCUUGCAAGUAUGAAGAAGUUUCUGUUCCUGUCGUUGAAGACCUCAUAUUGAUUUCUGACAGGGCUUACUCCAGAAAUGAUGUGCUUGAGAUGGAGAGCUUAAUGAUCAACAUCUUGCAGUUUAAUCUUUCAGUGCCUACUCCUUAUGUCUUCAUGAGGCGCUUUCUUAAAGCUGCUCAAUCUAAUAAAAAGUUGGAGCUUCUGUCCUUCUUUAUCGUUGAGCUGUGCCUCGUCGAGUAUGAAAUGCUUAGAAUAGAACCACUCGUAUGUAAAGAAUAUGUAGAUAAACGCCCCGUGAUUAUCCCUUACCACAGGGGCGAAAAGCGGUUGUACGUUAGAUUUCAGAGAAGGCUUGGCUUCACAUUCUCAGGCCCUGAUGGAUCAAAUGACUGCUAUUAGGGUUAAAGUGCUUACCAUCUGCGAAUCGAGAAACAAGGAUAAACUGGAUGAAGUGGACUAAGACAUGCGAGAGGCACACAAACUACACUGAAGAUCAGCUUUUGUGGAAGCAGCUGAAGAUUGAUGGGGUGUUCGUGGCUAUGAUUGAAGGGUCUAAUUUCAUUGGAAAGUUUGGCAGCUACUGCAAGUUCUUUCUACUUGUUAGGGAAGAGAAUCUUUUAGUUUGUGCACAUGAGGAUCUUUUAGUUUGUCCACAAAAGAAUCUUUCAAGUUUGUACUUGUUAGGAAUUUGCUAUGUUAGUACUUGUUAC